AGAUUCUCGCAAUACCAGCCUCCCAGAGUGCUUUUAUUUUCUUUGCUCUUCAGAUAUACAGAGAGCUACUCAAGUCUACUCAUUCAUCAAAACGAACCACCUUUUUCCCUCACUAUAUAACAACAACGAUUCUCAAUUCAUAAUUCAUCUCGAGCCAUCCUCUAAUCUUAUUUCAAUUCAUCUUCCCUGCACAAUGAUCAUCAACUUUCACCCUUCUUCUUCUUCUUCAUCCUCCAUCUUUAAAUCUCUCUGCGUUUGCGCGUUUCUCAUCAUCGUCUUCCCCGCUGUGGCUUCUGGGGAUGGCUGUUCCUGCGAUCUGUCAGAACGCAGAAACAGUGACGCCGCCGCCGGUGAAGCUCUGAAAUAUAAGCUCGGUUCCAUAGCUUCCGUUCUGAUCUCCGGCGGCCUUGGGGUGAGUCUUCCCUUGCUGGGCAAGAGGAUCUCAGCUCUGAGACCCGAAAACGACAUGUUCUUCAUGGUGAAAGCCUUCGCCGCCGGAGUGAUUCUCUCCACCGGCUUCGUCCACAUACUUCCGGAGGCGCUCAAGAGCUUGACUUCACCUUGCUUGAAGGACAGCCCUUGGCACAAGUUCCCCUUCACUGGGUUCGUCGCCAUGGUGUCCUCGAUAGGAACGUUAAUGGUGGAUUCUCUGGCGACUGGGUAUUACAAGAGACGGCAUUUCAAUUCAAAGCAAGUUUCCACCGAUGAAGAGAAGUUAGGAGAUGGCGAGCUUGCCGAUCAUAUUCAUAUGCACACUCAUGCGACACAUGGUCAUGCUCACGGAUCAGCAGAGCGCUAUGGUGAGGGCCCCGUAACGGCCGAGUUAAUCAGGCACAGAAUUAUUUCGCAAGUGUUGGAGAUAGGAAUAGUAGUACAUUCAGUGAUAGUUGGAAUCUCUUUGGGUGCUGCUGGGAGCAUUGAUGCUAUAAAGACCCUGUUAGUGGCCCUCUCAUUCCAUCAGUUCUUUGAGGGUAUGGGUCUUGGUGGUUGUAUUUCUCAGGCAAAGUUCAAGUCGAGAGCCACAGCGAUGAUGGCGACAUUUUUCUCCCUAACAACACCAAUAGGGAUAGCGAUAGGGAUGGGAAUUUCAAGCGUGUACGAAGAGAAUAGCGCAACUUCUCUCAUAGUUGAAGGCAUCUUCAAUUCUGCUGCAGCUGGGAUCUUAAUCUACAUGGCUCUCGUUGAUCUUCUCGCUGCUGAUUUUAUGAACCCUAAGCUUCAAACCAAUCUCAAGCUUCUCCUUGGAGCCAAUGUCUCCCUUCUUCUCGGCUCUGCUUCCAUGUCUCUCAUGGCCAAAUGGGCUUAAGAGCUUUUACUAACCUUUCCUUUUGCUUUAAUUUUGUGAUAAAGUGGUACUUUUUUUUCCCUUUCAAUUAAUCCAAGGAUAAUUUUGUUUGUUUAGUGCAAAGCUAUUCCUUGGUAUAAAUAAUGAAACUGUUAUUUCUUUUUUCAAUGUAUAUAAUUAUCACUCUUCCUUGGUAUUCCUUGGUUUUCUUCAAAUGUAUAUCUAUAAGCUUCUCUUCUAGUUUUGAACCCAGGGUACGAUGCCUGGACCCAUGUCUAGUUUUUAUCA